CCGCACGUGCGAUUACAUCACCGACCGCUAGUUGUGCAACCCCCAGCGCGAACUGAAAUCUAGCACCCAUCAACCGCCCAUCUUUAAUUAAUCACAAGCCAGCGCUUCGUGUAUUCUCCACACCAAGCUGCUGCCCCUACGACCCUUUGCUUGAUCUCAAGCCGGUCUUUCAACGUCACCAACAAAGCCAGCCAACACGCGAGCAGCCGUCGAUAGGCCCCACACGCAACAAUGGCGGCCCAGACCAACGGCCGGGCGAAGAAGCCCAAGAAGCCCGCCUCCAACGGCAAUCUGAAUGGCAGUCUGAACGGCCACCUCAAUGGAUAUGCCAACGGCCACAUGAACGGCCACACAGACAAGACGCAGCUAUCGAGUCCUGCCACACGAUCAACAAGCAAGAGGAAACCGAGAAGGUCCAUGGCGAGAGCCCUCACAAGUAUCGUUGCACGGCUAGCGACAUGGUACAUCAUCAUCACCUUCGCCUUCCGCUGUCCCUCCUCCUUGACGCACAUCAACGACUCUUCCCCACGCGUAUGCAAGCCGUAUCUCCAAGCCCGGUCAUAUGCUGCGCCCCAUCUCGACCCAUACUAUCAGACAUACGUCGCUCCACAUGUGGACAAGGUCAAGCCAUACACCGAUCGCUUCGAAAAGGACGUCUACACCCCUGUUACAGCCUUCACUAAAGACAAGUACGCAUCCUACGGCGCGCACAGGGUGGAGUUUGCGACCAAGUAUGCUGAGGCCCAGUACGACAAAAUUGUCCGACCUCAACUGCAGAACGCCCAGGACAAGGUGAAAGGACAGUACGAUCUGUACCUCGGACCCCAUGUCAAGAAGGCCUCUGACGCUGCGGCCCCUUACUACGACCAGAGCAAAGCUAGCCUGGACGAGAUUUACCAUCUCUCUGUUCUCCCAGCUUACGAGGCCUCUUUGCCAUAUCUGCAGAAAGCCCACACUCAUGGCCACCAUCUCCUCGUUGACACCGUCUUCCCGCACGUUCGUUCUGCACGGGAUACAACCUGGGCCUUUGUUGUUCGUACUAUUUGGCCUCAAUUGCGCAUCCUUUACGGAGACAAUGUUGAGCCCCAGUUAGUCCGCAUCUCAGAGCGGCUAGGACGUUAUCGCGAUCAGCAGAAGGUUGAGUCUGUAAUCGAUUCCGUUGACUCUCAAACGGUGAUUGCGUCCGACCCUACGGAAAUUGUGCCCACUAUCGCUAGCUCAUCUGCUUCGGUUGCUUCUCCUAGCUCGACUACAAAGGCUGGCUGGGGUGUACUUGAUGAUUUCUUUGGCAGCGACUCCUCCAGUACGGCAUCCAGCGAAAUCCAAUCUGAGACCGCGGCCGCUGUCCAACCUGCCGAACCAAAGCUUACCGGUGAUGAGCUGAAGGAGAAGCUUAACGAGGAUCUUCGUCAGUGGCAAACCAAGUUCGCUACGGCUGCCGACAAGGGUGCUGAAGAUCUUGAGCAACGAGUUGCGGAGAUCACGAAGCGCCAGGUCGAAAAUGCUGUCAAUGGGCACGGCAGGGCUUUGGUGGUUAAGCUUGAAGAAACCGCAGAUUCAACAGUCGCAAAACUCAAGAAGUUCAUCAAGAAAACGAUCAAAGCAAUUCCGGAAGACGCCGCAGAGGCCGACCUCGAUGCAGCAUACGAAGAGUGCAGCACGAAGACUCGUGAGCUUGGCCUCACAGUCAAGGAGAGAGCCCAAGAUGUUCGUGCCUGGAAGGCAGCAUAUGACGAGGAGACAGACUCUCUGGUGCAAGCUGCUGUAAGGAGCACUGUCGAAGUUCUCGAAAAGAUCCACGGCCUUGGCUUACAGGAAGUGGGGAUGCGCUGGGCCUGGACUGACGGUGUGACCUACAAAGACUGGCAAAACUACCACAAGCUUAGGGAAACCCUCAACGAGUGGCAAGCCGAAGUCGAGGCCGUCGGUUCAAGACAUGAGGGGCUUCGCAUCGCGCACGAAGAGGCCAAGAAGCUCGAAGAUGAAGCCAUGACUGUUGCUUCGAACAUGGUGGCCGAGUUGGUUCGCCUUAAAGACGUUUCCAAGUGGAAGGUUUGGGCAGCUGAUGCCACCGAUGACUUCUCCGAUCAAAAGGUCCCAGCCCGCAUCUUCAAGGCUGCUCAGCAAGCAAAGGACAACGUUGAGGGCGCCGCAUCUCAGGUUUCCGAGGCUGUUCAGGGAACAUCAACGCCACUAACUGAGAGCAUUGCCUCUUCCGUCCAGGAGGCUUUCUCUGAUGUGUCUUCUCAGGCCUCUGAGGUUGUCCAAGGUACCUCAACGCCAUUAACUGAGAGUAUUGCCUCUUCCGUCCAGGAGGUCUUCUCAGAUGUUUCUUCUCAGGCCUCGGAAGCCGUCCAAGGUACCUCAACGCCAUUGACUGAGAGCAUUGUCUCUUCUGUUAAGGGUGCUCUUUCAGAGGCAUCGUCGCAAGCUUCUGAAGCGCUUCCUGGCUCCUCAUCAUCAGCGGAGAACGUUGUAUCCAAGGCCAGUGAGGUCGCAGCCGAGGGUGCCGCUAAAGCUUCCGCGGCUUACGAUCAACCCAAGAAGGUCUUUGGUGGAGCGAAUGCUCAAAUCCUCGCAGAAGCUAAACAAGUUAUCUUUGACGAGCCUCUUGACGACGACGACGACGACGAGACCUACUCCGAGAAGCUUCAAGGUGUUGUCGCAAACGCUGGCGACCAGGCAGCCGAGUUGAGCCGAGCCGUCAGCGAAGCCCUCUUGGGUCCAUCAAAGACCCAAGGCACUGUCGAGUCAGUGUCGUCUUUGGCAAGCGAGCAAUAUGCACAAGCUUUUGCCGCAGCUUCCAGCGUGUUGUAUGGUACUAAGCAACCGGCUGUUGAAAGCGCCACAAGCGUCGCAGCCGACAAAUUUUCGCAGGCUGUUACUGCGGCAUCAUAUGCCAUCUAUGGCACCCCAACGCCGACAGCAAUCAUCAGGACGGUCCAGAUUCAGGCAAGCUCCCGUUACAACGACGCUGUGCGCGCCGCAAGCGAGCAGCUCGAAAAUGCCAAAUCUCAAUUGUCGCUCCUGGUCUCCGGAACACCGAAGCCUGCGCACGAAACAAUGCUUUCGUAUUUAGAGAGAGCCUACUCUGACUCUGUGGCUGCUGCUAGCGAGCGACUAUCGGCUGGCCUACAGUACACCGAGUCCCUGAAAAGCUACGCCGCCGGCCCAACCCAAGGAUACUUCGAGUCCGUCUCUUCCAUCGCAUCCUCCAGACUUGCCGAUGGUCUUAGCCAGGCUUCCGCCCAGUUUUCUACCCAGCCAACGGGCGCUGUUGAUGGUGCACGCCAACAAUAUUACCAGGCUGUAGGCCUUGCCCAUGGACGUUACUCUGAGUUCGUAGAUGCUGCUUCGAGCGCCGUUUACGGUCCUCAACAAGGAACUGUAGAGUCUCUUGUCUCGGUUGCAUCUGCCUCGGCAGCGUCUGUAGCAUCUGUCGUCUCUGGUUCCGCUGGAUCGGCAGCCUCCUAUGCUUCUGGUUCCGCCCAGUCCGCCGCUGCGAAUGCCCAGACUGCUGCUGAGUCACUGGCAUCUCAAGUCAGCUCUGGCGUUAUUGGCUCCGAGACUCCUUGGACCGAAUCGGUGGCAUCUCAAGCCAGUCAGAACUGGGAAUCCCUGAUUGCCCAAGCGAGCAGCCAAGUUUAUGGCAAACCUACACCGUGGGCUGAGUCGGUUUAUUCACAAGCUGGAGCCUAUGGCGCACAGGCUACUGAAGCUGCCGUUCAGCAAUAUGCAGGUGUUCAAGCUCUAAUCUCUGAGUUGGUCGUUGGCAAGGAACCAGACUUCACGGAGAGUGUAAUGAACCGGUUCUCAUCCGCCUACUACUCGGGCGUUCCAGCGGCUGUCUCGUCAGCUUCAUCUUACGCCAGCGAACAAUUCGAGGCCGCGAGCUCCAUCGCUGGUGGGGGCUACGAGGCUGUCACUGAUGCCGCCGCCGAUGCCUAUGCUUCUGCUUCAUCAGUCGUUAGCGCUGUCUUUACACCUCCGGCUGUAAUCGAGGACGUUCUAAGCCAAGCCAGCGCGUCGAUUGACCUUGCUGUCGCGAGUGCUUCUAUCGCCUUGUAUGGAACUCCUAAGGGUGCUGCCGAGCAGGCGAGCGAGUCUGUCGCCAGUGCCUACUCAUCUAUCCAGUCCCAGAUCAGUGUACAGGUUUACGGGACCCAACAGGCUCUAGACAGCUUCUCUGCAGCGGCGGGCAGUGCUCAGGCUGCUAUUAGCGAGGCUAUCUUUGGUACCCCGACUGCGGGAGACUACGUUGCAUCUGCUACUAGCGUCGCUGGCGAUACCUACGCUUCUAUCACUUCGGCUGCCAGCGUGAAUGCAGAGUACGUCGCUUCUGCCGCUAGCGCGAAUGCCGCCCACGCCUCCUCAGCAAUCAGCUCUGCAAUCUAUGGCCCAGAACAAGGAGCCAUGGAGAGCGCCAACAGUAGGAUUGCUGCUGCUAUCGAGGUAGCCAAUUCUAAAAUUGCCGAGAUGUACGCUGCAGCUUCCCAAGGCGCUGAGGGUGCCGCGAGUACUGUCGUCAGCGCUGCUACGGAGGCAACGCAGCGUGUUAAAGACGAGUUGUAGUACUUUCGUCGCUUCUGGGCCCACGCAAAGGAUUUCUCCACCAAAAUCACUCGGCGUUGGUGGAUGAAUCCUUGAGAUUGUCUUGCGAGGAUCCUAAUAUGAGGUGAACAAUGUCAAUGGUUAGGACGUUUCUUCCCAAGCAUGACCCUGGACCUCCCCCAUUUCGGGACCUGUUCAAAGUUUUGAGGAUACAUCACGUCGAAUCGCUUCACCCGCCCUUUUUCGACCCUCUACCACCGCACAUUCGUUACGACCGCACAUAUCUGUACCAACAUCAACAACAUCACCGACCUCACAUUAUCAUCACCAUC